AUGUUCGUGCUCCUCACCCUCGGUUUCGCGGCGGCGCUGCCGCCCCGGGGCCCGGACCUGACGAUGGACUACUCUUACGAGCAGUAUGUCGCCGACUUCCACAAGAUCGUGCCCAAGGAGGCCCGCGAGCGCCGCGCCGCGACCUUCGCCGCGAAUCUGGAGACGAUCGUCGCGCACAACGCCAAGGGCGCCAGCUACGUCAUGGGCGUCAACAAGUUCACGGACGAGGCGCCGCCCAAGGGCCUGCACCGCGGGCUCCGCGCCGCGGCGCCGCGGCGCUUCGCGGCGUCCGAGCCCGUCGACGUCGCCGCGCUGCCCAAGGCCGUCGACUGGCGCGACAAGGGCGUCGUCAGCGGCGUCAAGGACCAGGGCGGCUGCGGCUCCUGCUGGGCCUUCGCGUCGACCGCGACGAUGGAGUCGCACGUCGCCAUCGAGACGGGCACGCUGUUCCAGCUGUCGCCGCAGGAGCUCGUGUCGUGCAUGCCGAACCCGAAGGAGUGCGGCGGCACGGGCGGCUGCGCGGGCGCGACGUCGGAGCUCGCGUUCCAGUACUACGUCGACAACGGCGGCGUCGUCCAGGAGUUCCAGAUGGGCUACACUUCCUACUACGGCAAAAACGGCGAUUGUUAUAUUAAGAACACAACAGCUUCCAAGGACAAGGGCCCGGACCCGGGCGGCGUCCAGCACCCCGUCGCGACGAUCUCGGGCUUCGAGAAGCUGCCCGUCAACGAGUACGCGCCGCUCAUGCGCGCCGUCGCGACCAAGGGGCCCGUCGCCGUCUCCGUCGACGCGUCGUGGGGCGGCUACGAGAGCGGAAUCUUCGAGACCGACACCUACGACAGCGUCAUCGACCACGCCGUCGUCCUCGUCGGCUACGGCACGGACGAGGCUCUGGGCAAGGACUACUGGCUCGUGCGCAACUCCUGGGGGCCCACCUGGGGCGAGAAGGGCUACAUCCGCCUCCGCCGCCACGCGGCGGACCUCGACGCCUACUGCGGCGUCGACACGAAGCCCCUCGACGGCGUCGGCUGCGCGGCCGGGCCCGCGAACAUGACGACCUGCGGGACGAGCGGCAUCCUCAGCGACAGCGCCUACCCCGUCGGCGGCCGCCUCGUCUGA